CAUCGUACACGCUUUCUUGUUUCCUUUUUAACGUCCUACGACAAACAGAUUCUCGAGAAACAAACACCAAACUAACACAAACCAUAAAAGAAUAAACUAAACCAAACCCGAACUCCGGUCAGCCUGCAGAUCUCUCCCCCGCUGAUUCUCACCAUGGGCAGUCACCAUCCACCUCUAAAAGCGUUAACUCUAACACACAUCCGUUACCAAAGAGGAGACCAUUUAGGCCAUUUUCUCGCAUACAUUUCACUAAUCCCAGUCUUCAUCUCCUUCGGCGGUUUCGUCUGUCAUUUCAUCUUCCGCCGCGAAUUACAAGGCAUGUGCUUCGCAAUCGGACUCAUAAUAGCGCAGUUCAUCAGCGAAUUAAUCAAGAAAUCAGUCCAACAAGCUCGCCCCGAGACUUGUAUAGUUCUCGAGAUGUGCGAUUCUCAUGGAUGGCCGUCGAGUCAUUCACAGUACAUGUUCUUUUUCGCUGUUUAUUUUACGCUUUUGACCUUUAGAGGGAUUGGAUUGACUGAUGUUAAGAAUAAGUGGGCUGCUUGUUUCUUGCCGUGGUUAUUGGCUGUGUUGACUAUGUAUUCGAGGGUUUAUUUGGGUUAUCACUCUGUUCCUCAAGUGUUUGCUGGUGCUAUUUUGGGGAUUUUUCUUGGUUCUAGUUGGUUUUGGUUUAUUAAUAAUAAAUUUAUUUAUUUCUUUCCGAUUAUUGAGGAGAGUAGCUUUGGGAAGAUGUUUUAUGUUAAGGAUACUUCUCAUAUCAAGAAUGUGUUGAAAUUUGAGUAUGAGAAUGCUAGAAGAGCUAGAAAGGAGAUGGAUGUCAAGGAUAAUUGAUGGAUUAAUCACGGUUUAUUUGGGUCAAACCGCUGUAGAGUUGGUUUUUAGAGUUAUGUUUAUGUCUGUUUGUAGGGAUGACGAGAUUAAGCAAGUUCAUGUCUUAGUUAUAUCUUUUCAGUGGAGAAGACGAAUGCCGAAAGCUAGUUGGAGGGACAAUUGCUAAGGUUUAUAUUGUUUGACAUUAGCCGUGAAAAUAUGAUUCUUCAUAAGUUCAUAUUCAUAGAAUCUCCGCAAAACUAAAAGAUGUCUCUGUAAACAUAUAGCUCUUUGGACGAUUUAAAAAUUUACUGAUUUAAUACUUCAUUUUUCAA